AUGUCGGAAGCUUACGCAGGAAAGUCUGAUCAGCAGAUCAUCGACGAGCAGUUCCGUGACCUCGAUAACAAGUCAGACAGCCGUCUCAAGGACUCGUUCAACCCCAAGACCACCGUCACUUCCGAAGAGUCGGGCGUUAACGAGUCUGGUCUCGAAAAAUUCCCCGGUGCCUCGGUCAGCGUCGGCCGCAACGGUCAGACGGGUGGAGGCACCAAUCCCCAGAACAUUCCACCCGAAGAAGGCGGCGACGACCGAUCCCAGCGUACUGGCGAGUCGAGCAUCCGAUUCGAGGGCACCGGCGGGCCCGAAGACAAGAAGUUUGAGGCGUUGCGCGAUAACCCGGGCGGAUUCGACGCCAAGCCCAGAGGCAUCGACCAGACUCGCCAGGCCCAGCUAAACGAACCUGUUCCGCAGACUGAGCCUCAGCGACUCGAGGAUGACCAGGAAGCUACUGCCCGCAGCCAUGUCAUCAACUCGUGA